UACGUUACUCUCGCAAAAUCCCGCGGUCGGUCUUUUCCUCGCAUCGUUGUCCAUCAUGGGUAAGCCACAUGGUCUUCGUACAGCCCGUAAGUUGCGUAUUACACGACGUGAGCAGAGGUGGCAUGACAAUGAUUACAAGAAAGCUCAUUCCAGUACAGCUUUGAAGGCCAAUCCAUUUGGUGGUGCUUCUCAUGCGAAAGGCAUUGUUCUUGAAAAAGUUGGUGUUGAGGCCAAACAGCCCAACUCUGCCAUCAGAAAAUGUGUUCGUGUUCAGCUUAUUAAGAACGGAAAGAAAAUCACAGCUUUUGUACCAAGAGAUGGUUGCUUAAACUAUAUUGAAGAAAACGAUGAAGUGUUGGUAGCAGGUUUCGGACGUAAAGGUCAUGCUGUUGGUGAUAUUCCUGGUGUACGAUUCAAGGUUGUGAAAGUAGCUAAUGUAUCACUCUGGGCUUUGUACAAAGAGAAGAAAGAAAGACCAAGAUCAUAAAUGAUAAUAAUAUGGUUGUAAUCUAGUCUGUUUUAUUCAUAAUUAAAGUCUGUUUUACAACUAGAAA